AUUCACCUUGAAACAAUGUCUGACUUUGAGUACCAUGUAAUCCAGUCUAAGAAAGACCUCGACUCUGAGGAUGAAUCUGGAUCAUUAAAGACUCAGAAGAAAACAACCAAACGGAAAAACGCUUCUCAGAUCCCGAAACGUGACGCGGGCUGGUCGCUGGACAGAAACGUCGUCGAAGAAUGUGCUAGUAAAAGCAAGAAGAUCAAACCAAAGAAAACUGUGAAAAAGCACGCAUCGUCCGUGUUAAUAACUGAUACGUUGCAGGACAGUGACACUGACCUUGAUGAAGAAGACAAAACUAAAAGUACGACAACCAAGUCGAAGAAAGAGACACCUGAUUGUAAGCCAGGCUGGUUUUCAAACUGGGGUGACGAAGGACAUGUUGAAGCCCAGCGUCGAGCAUCCGCUGCCAACUCUCUGUCGUCCGUGCUGAUACGUCGCGUCCCAGGCGGCUACGUGCGUCGCACAGCUUCGUUAACCGGUGAUCUUUUUAUUGAUCUUAAACUGUAUAACGUAGUAGAUAUUCAAAACGUUCCAUCUGAAGCCCGUUGGGAGAAAGCGCUGGUUAAUUUUAAAUAUCGUGUGGAUUCCGUUUCGGAUAUAGUAGAUGGAAUAAAUAAGAUUCUAAAGCGUUGUAAGGACGACUUUACAGAUGAAGGAACCUUUUUCCCAGAUAAAAAAAGCCAAUAAUCUUUAAUCUUUUUUACGUCUAAUUUAGUCUAUUCCUAUGUCAAUAGGCAAAAUGCCUCAUAAUAGCUCCAUAUUUUGUUCAGUGUGUGACAUAAGUAUUCCAAGUAAAGCCUUUUCUGCUCACUUGCGCACUAACUUGCAUAAAAAUAAUAACUCUGUUCAAUUAACUCCUGAUAUUGAAAAAAUAAGCAGCGCUUUCCGUAGUAGAAUAGCAUCAUACAGAGUGCGUGGACCAGAGAGUAGCCUCCAUAACUCACC